AUGCUGGGGGCACGGGAUCGGCUGAUGCUACCGUGCAGCGCACUGGCAGUGUUGCUGCUGUUCCUCAUGCCCAGUGCCGUGCCAGUUCAGGCUGGAGCUGCGGAAUACUGCAUGGCAGAUGACCCGGACUGCAUUGACACUGCUCUCCCGGAGGUGGCUCUUGAUCCAGCAGAGACGAUUGAUGAUUACGAAUACAAGGAUUAUAACCCAGUGGAGCAGCUCAACUCUCAAGGUGUGGCAGCGGCCCAGCGUGGGCACAUUGCAGAAGCACUUGAUCUCUUUAGGGCUGCCAGUUAUCACCAAGGCCACCGCCAAGACGUAUGGGCAAACAUUGCCAUUGCUUCCAAGGACCUGGCCGACCGCAUGGGCCCGGCCGAGACGCGCAAGCCGCGGUCCGUUGCGCACAUCUACGGCCCACCGCUUUCAUGUCAUUAUGAAGCAUGGGAUGCCAAACUGCGCGCUUUGGCCAAGGAAGGCCACACUCUCCAAGAAUACACCGACGCUGCCAGCCGAAGUGACGAUCGCUACGAGGUCAAGUUUCCUCUGAAAAGCCCAUUCAUCGACUCUGACCUCAUUGCAAACCGGAUCAUGCUCGGCCUUCUCAAGACGGUCAUUGGUGCCAGGUUUGAGAUUGACACAUUCAGCUAUGUGGCAUCUCGGGCUGGGGCACCACAUCAGGGUAUUGUCAAUAUCGUGCCAUUGGUCAAUAUGACGCAAGAAGUGGGUCCCACCGAGUUUAUGACCGGUUCACACUGGCCAAUGCGUAAAACCUGGAAGGACUAUGAUGAGACCAACUCGCCCACUCCGCUGCAUCGCCUUGCCGCUGACACCGGUUCUGCCGUGCUGUUUGACGUCUCUAUUUACCAUCGUGGCACUCACAAUCGCUCGCCAAGUUUUCGCCCCAUCGUUUACAUGAGCUAUGUGCGCGAGUGGUGGUUUGACCGCGUCAACUUCAAGGACAAGCAAACACGUGACUAUGAUCCGCUUGACAUCCGCCAUAAGAAGCUCAUGACCCGCUUGGAUGCUCGCCCUUGUGAGAGGUUUUUUUUUUUACCUCCAGAUGUCAAGCCAAAUCGCACCUUGACUUUGUAUCAUUCAAAUUAG